AUGGAACUAAAAGUAAAUGUGGAUGGUGUUGAACGCAGUAUUUCUGGUGUUUCAAACGAAACCACCUGUGCGCAAAUCAUCUACGCUCUCGCUCAUGCAACCAGCCAAAAAGGACGAUUUGUUAUGAUUGAGAAGUUCAAAAAAAAGGAACGUCGGCUUUCACCAGUCGACAAGCCUAUGGAAUUGCUGGAAAAGUUUCGGGAGCACAGGUCGAAUGUGUCAUUCGUGUUGAAGAAGGUCGAUGAAAAAGGUGAGUGUAAUAUGUUUUCAGUGUCAGUUAUCAAUGGCAUCUGUCGCGAGAUAAUGGGCCCUUUGAAAUCUACAGAUUACAACGCUGUUAUGGAGCAAAAAUUCUCCUCGAUUGGUCGUGGUGCAAUUAUUAACUCGACGUUGCCGGCUUUUGAAGAUGAGGACAAUUCAAUUGCCAGAAUGUCAUUGAGUCAUAACGAUUUGCGUAUUCUGAUAGAGAAGCAACGGUCAAAUCUUCGAAAUAUUUUGACGCCAAUCAAAGAAUCGGAUUGGCCACAGCAGUAUCAGAAGCAGUUGAAGAAGUCACAUAAAUUACGUGCUGCUAUUGAAGCAACGAAAGAGGCGAUUAAUAAAACGACGAGUGAUGUUGAAAAGGUGCUGUGUGAAGAGGUAGAACUUCAAAAGAAACUUUCUGAGUUGAAUGAGUCACCAUCAACACCUCCACGAGCGGCUGCUACUUUACCAAUCAGCUCAUCGACUUCUUCGACAUUGAAGGCAUGUUAA